AUCUGGAAAGAAUCCUGUCGAAGCAAUCGAAAGAAGGUGGAGCAUCGAGUUCAGUUUCUGUCCCGGAGAAGGUGCAGUCACCUGCUCCGGGACAGAGACUGAGCUCGAUGGAGGCGCGCAGGAGAAAAGUAGGAACCAUCAGGGCGCAUCCUUGUCGAACAAGCGGACAAG